CUAGCUCUUAAGUCUCUUGACAACUGACUUCCCACUUUUAAGGUAUUUAAACAUUAAUCUCAUGUCCAAGCUGAUACACUAACUCUCGAAUUUCACUCACACAAACUAGCACGAAUACUCAAAGAUGGCUGUAGUCAUCCCAGGAUCAUAUGCUGAAAAGUCCCCCAUAGAUGCUGAAAAUGGUGUCAACGAUAUUGGUCCGAAAGAGCUUGACGCCGGCGUCCUUUUCGUCCUAAAAUCCCAAGGGUCAUGGUUGCACUGUGGAUACCAUUUGACAACGGCGAUAGUGGCGCCGGCGCUGCUGAGUUUGCCGUUUACUUUCACGUUGUUAGGAUGGAUAGGGGGAAUGAUAUGCCUGAGCACAGCAGGGAUGGUUACUUUCUAUUCCUACAAUCUUUUGUGUUUAGUAUUAGAGCACCAUGCUCUGCUUGGAAAGCGCCAGCGUCGUUUCAGAGAUAUGGCUCAUGAUAUUUUAGGGCCAGGAUGGGGCCGGGAUUUCGUGGGUCCACUCCAACUAGGCAUAUGUUAUGGCGCAGUCAUUGCAACAGCUCUUCUUGGUGGGCAGAGUCUCAAGUUCAUUUACUUGUUGAGUGCACCAAACGGAAGCAUGCAGCUCUACCAAUUUAUCAUUAUGUUUGGAGGGCUAACACUGGUGAUGACACAACUUCCAUCCUUCCACUCCCUAAGGCAUAUUAAUCUUGUCUCCUUGAUUCUCUGUCUUGCUUAUUGUGCUUUCACAACCGCAGGAUCCAUAGACAUUGGAUAUUCCAAUAAAGCACCAAGAAGGGAUUAUUCUAUUACUGGAGUUGGUAUUAAUCGCAUAUUCGGAGUCUUUAAUGCUAUUUCUAUCAUUGCUACCACCUACGGAAAUGGAAUCAUUCCCGAAAUACAGGCCACAAUAGCACCUCCAACAACAGGGAAAAUGUUCAAGGGGCUAUUAUUGUGUUACAGUGUAGUGAUAUCAACAUUUUUCAGCGUUGCGAUUUCUGGAUAUUGGGCUUUUGGAAACCAAGCUCAAGCAUCAGUGCUCCAAAAUUUCAUGUCAGAUAGGACGCCUUUGCUGCCUAAAUGGUUCCUCUUGAUGACUUAUAUCUUCACAUUUGUCCAAGUAUCAGCUGUUAACUUAACAUACUCACAACCAAUAAAUGUAAUACUAGAAAGGAGAUUUGCAGAUCCAAAGAAAGGCGAAUUCUCAAUCCGCAAUGUGGUUCCCCGGUUAAUAACUCGGUCUCUAUCGGUGAUCAUUGCGACAACUUUGGCUGCCAUGCUACCAUUUUUUGGAGAUAUCAUGGCAUUGUUUGGUGCAUUUGGUUGCAUUCCUCUUGAUUUCAUUUUGCCAAUGGUCUUCUACAAUGUCACAUUCAAGCCUUCAAGAAAGAGCAUAAUUUUCUGGGGAAAUACCAUAAUUGCUGUAAUUUCUACCAUUUUGUCUUUGGUUGGGGCUGUAGCAUCAGUGCGGCAAAUUGUCAUUGACGCCAAGACAUAUCAUCUGUUUGCUAAUAUGUGAUGGGAGUUAGCAGUGUUAGCCAAAAUGUAAAGGGCUUCCACUAAAAGUUGAAGACCAAAAAAUGUAGUAUUAUUAAUGAUAGUGCGGAUAUGAAUACAUUGGAUGUCCAUUUAGUAUUUCUAUAUAUCCUUAUUUUAUACUACGAACCUUUUAAAAUGUACAUGUAUAGUCUACUUAGUUCUUGUGACUAUUAGGAUGAAAUUUAUAGGAAGAACCUUUUAGAAUUUGUACCUAUUAUGAAGGUGUCUCGAAGAACCUAUAAUUAAAUAAUUUUUUUGUCACAUUAAGAAAUCGCAUUACAGAUAGCCAAGGCAAUUAGUAAGCGAUCAGAACUUUCGAGUUAUAAUAAAAUUAGAAGCAAAUAAAAAUCCACAUUAACUUGUUAAAAUCACAUAGGAAGAACAAACAGUUUAAAAAAAAAAACAAAAGAAAAACAAGGCUGAACGGAAAACAAUGCAAGAGGAAAAAGAAAAUAAAGGAGUCUGGUACCAUACCCAGGGGCGGAUCCACCCUUUCGGGUUGGGGUGGCAUGGCACCCCCUCGAUUAAUAAUUUUUUUAUAUAUUUAUGUUGUAAUUUGCUUAAAUUAGGUUAAAUAUUUGAUCCUGCAG